CUUAUUCGUCCCGCUAUUUGCCGCGUUGGACUUGGACCGGCCGGCUGAGCCUGGGGAUGGCUGACUCUGCGAGCUUGCGAAUGCAGCUGUGCACCGAACAGUUCGGCUCCCGAGCCCCGCGCGGCUGUCGUGCUGCCGCCGACGGGAGCCUGCAGUGGGACGGGGCUCGGCGCUGGGGCUGGCUCUCCCGGGCCCCGACAGAGAAACCCGGGCAGGACGCGGAAGGCGGGGAACCCUGGGCAGCGCUGCCCGCGCUUUCGGGCCUCAGAGCCGUGCUGCUGCCUCAGGGCUUCCCAGAUAGCGUCAGUCCGGACUACCUGCCCUACCAGCUGUGGGAUUCGGUGCAGGCCUUUGCUUCCAGCCUCUCCGGCUCCCUAGCCACCCAGGCAGUGUUGCAGGGCUUAGGGGUAGGCGACGCAAAAGCCUCUGUUUCAGCUGCCACGUCUACCUGGCUCCUGAAAGAUUCCACGGGCAUGCUGGGCCGCAUCAUCUUUGCCUGGUGGAAGGGGAGCAAAUUGGACUGUAACGCAAAGCAGUGGAGGCUCUUUGCUGAUGUCCUCAACGAUAUAGCGAUGUUCCUGGAGAUUAUGGCUCCCAUGUACCCAAUCUUUUUCACCAUGACUGUCAGUAUCAGCAACCUAGCCAAGUGCAUUGUGGGUGUGGCUGGUGGGGCCACUCGAGCUGCGCUGACCAUGCACCAGGCCCGAAGAAACAACAUGGCUGAUGUGUCAGCUAAGGACAGCAGCCAGGAGACAGUGGUGAACCUAGCCGGGCUCCUCGUCAGCCUGUUGAUGCUUCCUCUGGUAUCAGACUGUCCGAGCCUCGGCUUUGGAUGUUUCGUCCUCCUGACUGCUCUCCACAUCUACGCCAACUACCGGGCAGUCCGAGCCCUCGUCCUGGAGACUUUGAAUGAAAGCCGGCUCCAGCUGGUCCUAAAGCACUUCCUUCAGAGGGGAGAAGUACUUGAGCCUGCUUCAGCCAAUCAGAUGGAGCCAUUGUGGACAGGUUUCUGGCCAUCCCUGUCUCUGUCCCUGGGUGUUCCGUUACACCACUUGGUCUCCAGUGUCUCUGAGCUGAAGCAGCUGGUUGAAGGGCAUCAGGAACCAUACCUCCUUCGCUGGAACCAGUCACACAACCAGGUCCAGGUUGCUCUGAGCCAAGUGGCUGGCCCCGAGGCUAUCUUGAGGGCUGCCACUCACGGGCUGGUUCUCGGAGCCCUGCAGGAAGAUGGACCCCUUCCAAAAGAGCUAGCACUGCUGAGGGAGCAGGCUCGGGCUGGUCUUAAGAAAGAAAACUGGGUUCUCGUCAGGGAGACACAUCAAGUGUUGGACACGCUGUUCCCAAAGUUCUUGAAAGGACUGCAGGCUGCUGGCUGGAAGACCGAGAAACACCAUCUAGAAGUGGAUGAGUGGAGGGCCACAUGGCCCCUAUCUCCAGAAAAGAAGGUCUUAUGAGCAGUCUGGCUGGAGACCCAGAGCCCAGGACAGGAGCCUGGAGCCCAGGACAGGAGCCCGGAGCAAGGACGCUUCAGCCACAGCAGGAUGAAGGGCAACUUUAUUUUUGCAUAGGCAAACUGUUAUGACCAGUUGGCCACUAUCUUGUGGGAAGUGACAACCAAUCAAAUGGACUGGAUCCCAGGCACAGAGGAGGGAACCAGUUCCUUCCUACCACGUUCUUGCCCCUUUUCCUUUUUUGAGACCCACUACAGGGUCCCCACCCUCACUUUCUGUGAGACUCAGAUGUCCUGGUUGCAGUCAUGGUAUUGAACAAAUUUGACCUUAUGCAUAAAAGCCCCAGAGGAACACAGCCACGGUCAUCAUGAGCAGGGCAUUAAGGUUGACCACCCGGGCCCAGCCAGGGUCCUCACUGAUGUCCUCUAGCCGCCUGGUUGUCGCAGCCACCUCCUCGGUGGGUGGAGGACUACCUGACCCACUCCUGCUCAUCCCACAGAACCAGAGCAGGCACUGACGGAGCCGGCUCGGUGCUGGGGCCUGGACGUCUGGAAGAAACAGGGAGGCUACAGUUAGUCUGGAGGGAGUUAGCUCCCCUAGUUAACCCAGGACACUUACCGGGGCGUGCCUCACCUUCGAUCUCCACUGCAUGUUCCUGGCACUUGUUCUGCACAGGGGACGGGGUUGGGAUUUCUAACUCAUCAGCAUCUAGGUCCUCCCGUUCCUCCUUGCUGUGCCGGAGACUGAAAACCAGGCGGUGGAGCUGGGGAGUUAGGGAGAAGGGACAGGUGGGAGCUUUGCUCUCCACUCCAAGUCUACACUGGCAUACCCACGUUGUCACUGCCUCCCUAGCCCCGACCCUGGCCUGCACACUUGCCUAGGCUCAGCUCACUCGAGACUCCUCUCUCUGGGAUAGCCUUUGCCGUCACUAAACCCUAGCUCUUCAUCUAAGUGUUAAAGUCAUUGGCCCCGCCCCCAUGUCUACACCCAGAACUGUAGUUCUUCAGACUGGUCUUAGAGUUCUGAUCACUGUGUGUUCCCAUUGUCAUUUGCUCUGCUUCUCCAAAAUGUCACAUAAGUAAAUGUGCUUGCCCUGAAAAUAAAGCUUCACACUGAA